AUGGCUUUCGAACGUGUGGCCCGUUUCUACCGGUCAUGUCUACUCCAGAUUAUCAUUGUGGGAUUAGUCGCCUUCUGCGAACCCGGUAUCUGGACCGCUCUCAAUAAUCUUGGAGCUGGAGGCAAUGCCAAACCGUACCUGAACAAUGCCGCCAACGCCUUGACAUAUGGACUCAUGUCAGUAGGCUGCUUUCUUGCCGGUGGCGUCACAAACAAGAUCACUGCGAAAUGGACCUUGUUCAUUGGAGCCGCAUUCUACACUCCCUAUGCGGCUGGUCUAUACUGCAACAAUCGUUAUGGGAACGAGUGGUUCCUCUUGCUCGGGGCUGCUCUUUGUGGAAUUGGCGCUUCUCUUCUGUGGGCUAGUGAGGCUGCCAUUGCAGUUGGAUAUCCGGAGGAGGAGAAAAGAGGACGCUAUGUUGCAAUCUGGAUGAGUAUCCGGCAGAUGGGACCGCUUGUUGGUGGUGCGAUAUCCCUCGCUCUGAAUGUCAACACUGCGCAUGUCGGGAAGGUCACCUAUACAACGUACUUGGGGCUUGUUGCCAUCUCAUCCCUCGGAGCACCUUUUGCGUUGCUGUUGUCACAGCCACAAGAUGUGAUCAGAAGUAAUGGCACCAAAAUUCCUUAUAUGAAGAAAACGAGUUUAUCUAUUGAGGCUCGCGCUAUCUGGAAGCAACUUUCAAAUAAGUACAUGUUGCUACUCAUCCCGGUCUUUCUCGCGGGCCAAUUUGGUGCAACUUAUCAGGGGAACUAUUUGACAACGUAUUUCACCGUCCGCUCCAGGGCCCUUGCGUCUUUCCUAACGGCAGUGGUCGGCGCCACCGCCAAUGUGGCGACGGGCAUAUUUCUCGAUACGAAGUUUUUAUCUCGAAGAGCCAGAUCUAAAUUUGUGUACAUAUUCGUCCUUGUCUUUGUCACGGCGGCUUGGACAUGGAACGCAAUCAUCCAGACGAAACUCUCCCGCAUGGCCGAAUCCCCGGCCUUCGACUUGGGCGAUGGUCCCUUCUUCAACUCGGCUUUCACCGUCUAUAUAUUCUUCCGGUUCUUUUAUGAGGUGCUGCAGACAUAUAUCUAUUGGUUGAUGGCCGAGAUCAAGGGAGCACAGGGAGACGGCGAUAUCGCAAGAACUACCGGCAUCCUAAGAUCAUGGGAGUCUAUCGGCAGCACGAUUGCCUACGCAGUCGGUGCAACUCAUUGGCCCAACUUGAAUCAGAUGAUAUUGGGCUUUUCACUGUGGGGUUUUACGGUCCCGUUCACUCUUCUUGCGGUGUUCGGCGAUUGGAAUGUUUCUGACACGCUCGAGGUAGAGGAGGAACAAACGGACAGCAGUAGCUUGGAGGCACAGAGGGUGAUCAUUAAUUCUGAUGGGAAGGAUUAG